AUGAGCCGAUCCAAGGAAACUGCACGGAGCAAGCGCACCAUCACGUCCAAGAAGAGCAAGAAGGCGCCAAAGGCCCCUGGUGCGGCGACAGGCGUGAAACACGCACAACGGCGCUGGCGCCCGGGCACCGUGGCGCUGCGCGAGAUUCGCCAGUUCCAGCGCUCCACAGACCUCCUCCUGCAGAAGGCGCCCUUCCAGCGCCUGGUGCGUGAGGUGUCGGGCGCGCAGAAGGAGGGCCUCCGCUUCCAGAGCAGCGCGAUCCUUGCAGCACAGGAGGCGACGGAGUCCUACGUUGUGUCACUGCUCGCCGACACCAACCGUGCGUGCAUCCACAGUGGCCGCGUGACGAUCCAGCCCAAGGACAUCCACCUGGCCCUCUGCCUCCGUGGCGAGCGCGCGUAA